AUGAAAUACAGCGAAGCCCAUGUACCUGUUCUCUAUGGCUCACAGAUUCCUCGACAAGAUCGUGAUGAAACUCGUGAACGAUACAGUCGAGCAAUUCUCACACUUUUUGUACCUUGGCGCAAUGUAACUGAUCUUUGUAAUGUUGAUCAAACAUGGGAGGAUGCCCUGGAAUCGCGAAAAGAGCUUAUUUCUGCCCAUUCAUGGAAGAUAAUAGAGAAUAUUCAGCUUCUACAUGAGUGUAAAAAGGAUCGUGAUGAACAUUUACUUCAAGUCAUUGCUAAAGCGCAAGUCGAGAAUGAUUCAAUUGAUCCUGUACUUCUGCCAUCUAAUCAAGAUGAUCAUGAUGAACAUGAAAUAGAUGAUAUCGACGAUUUGAUUCAAUUGAUAGGCAAUGUCGAUGAAUUUACAACUGCUUCAAUCAAUGCCACAAAAAAAUCUACAGAAAAUACGUACAUUCGAGAAACUGUUGAAGCUGUGGAAAAAGUUGGACGGUUUAAUCAUAUGAACCAGUAUGAUCCAUGUUCAACAAAUACACACAUCGAUCGGCAAAUUGUGCCAUUUGUUUCUGCAAAGUCGAAUCUAAUUAAACUCAAUUCGAAAUGGCAAGAUCAGCUGAAGAUUGAAAGAGAACGAAUCAGACGCAGUUUAAUUUCGGGCAAAAAUAACGAAGAUGGUGACAAUAAUGGUCAACUCAUAAUGUGUGUACCUGGAUGCGGCGGAACAGGCAAAUCACAACUGAUCCGGGCUCUCACAAAAUAUUUCCUUAUUACAAAAAGAAUGCAAAUGAUGAGAAAACUUGCACCUACUGGAAUUGCAGCAGCUGAAAUCGAUGGUAUGACAAUUCAUUCAUUCUUAGGUGAACAACGUAAUUCAGGAAAGCUACGUACCAUCAAACCAGGUGAUUCCAAAUUGGAAAAAGAAUGGCGACCUGUUGAAUAUCUGUUAAUUGAUGAAAUGAGUAUGGUUGGCUUGACUUUAUUGGGAAAACUUAACAGAAUUAUUUGCUCUGAAAAACAUGUCGAUCCUCAAGUUCCGUUCGGUGGUGUGAACGUGAUUUUCUUUGGAGACUAUUUACAAUAUCGACCAGUCUAUGAUUCACCAUUACAUACCGACUUUUCACUACCAUCCAAGAAGAAACUAGGGAAAAUACCGUCUGAAAAAGAAGUUCAGCAACGUGUUGCACGUUCGUUACUUCUUCAAAUAAAUUGUGUGGUGAAACUUACACAACAGAUGCGAACAGAAGAUUCAGGAUAUCUUCAACUGCUCGAUCGUCUUCGUCAUGGACAAUGUAAUUAUGACGAUUAUGAUCUAUUGCAAACACGAGUUGUCGGGCAGCCAUCAAUCGAAUCUCUGCAUGAUUCACCAUGGAGCAAAGCUCCCAUUCUCGUGUUCCGAAAUGAAGUUCGCACACAAAUAAACAACAAAGCAGCAAUUCAUAAUGCAACACAAAUGGGUCAUCCACCAAUAUUUUGUGUCGCUCAAGAUACUUGCAAAGGCAAAGCAAUUGAAGAUCCAACAUUGCUUAAAAAAUUACUAGAAUUAUCCGAUAGCAAGACAGAGCAUUUACCUGGUUUACUACCCUUUGUUCCGGGCAUGUCAGUUAUUUUGACGCAAAAUAUUGCUACUGAACUUGGUCUCAUCAAUGGGAUCAAUGGGAUCUUUCGACAGCUUGUAUACCACGAAGAAUCGGUAUCAACAGAAAGUUUAUCUGAAAUAUUCCCAAACAAUACAAAAUACAUUCGUCGACCAAUAUAUGCUUUGAUUGAGAUGACCAAGUCGAAAAUUGAAUGUAAACUUCAAGAUCUUGGACCAAAACUUAUUCCAAUCCCAUUAGUGGAACAAACGUUUCGUGUAGAUGUUGCCGACAUCCUUCCGAAAGACAAGAAACCAAAAUCAAAUCAAAAGACAGUUCUAUCAAUCAAACGAUCUGCACUACCACUUGUAUCUGCUUAUUGCAUUACAACACAUAAAAGUCAAGGUCAAACUUUGAAUAAAGUGGUUGUUGAUUUGAAAUUACCAAAUGAAACUGAAGAUAUCGCAGCAGUAUACGUGCCAUCAUCUCGUGUAAAACGUUUAGGCGAUCUAGCAAUUCUGCGGCCAUUCGAUUAUAAAGUUUUACUUAUGAAGCCAAAUAAGUCUCAAGUUGCCGAAAUAGAACGACUUGACCAACUAUAUAUAAGCACACAGAGACGUUUAUCAGAAUGGUUUCAAUAA